UCAUAGAAGUCUCGGAAAAAGGAAAAAUUAUCGCUCGUGCUGUAUGUACACCUCGGCGUACAGGUUAUGUUCUACAAAGCGCAGAACGAUCUUUUGGCCACGUGGCGCGAACUCUCGCUCGACAUACAUUCCGUCUGCGGUGUCAUCUACAAUUAUUAAUUCAACGUGGACUGAAUCCGUGAUAAUUAUCGCUCGAAGAUUCAGGGAUUUUUUGCCCAAGCUCCGGGGACUGGCCCGUGUUGUACCGUGCCGCAGCGCGGCCGCCAUUUUGCUGCCCCCGCACGCCUGACAUGUCUUUCUAAUGUUAUUAUCGACAGACGUCGAAAUUUUGCGCGUGAGACCGUAUUGUGUUUGCCACCCGUGGUGAGCGAGUCCGCGCACGAGGGGCAGGGAAGCUCGGUGCCGUGGCACAUUUCGACGGGACGUCCGCCCCCGCUGUUGUCGCCUUUGUUGAGAGCGAUCGCUGGUCAGUGUCGUCCCAACCUCAACCCUCCUCCCCCUUCCCUCGAAGUCGAGCCUGUAAACGUCGUGAACGAGAGCUGGUGAGAGGUGAUAGAGCUUGCGUCCGCGAGCAAUCUCGAAGUCGAUUAUGCCGCGAGGUCUGUCCCGGGAGUACUUCCGGUUGCCUCGCUGAGAUCGGGAACACGCCGUGUCCCGCCGCCUCGACGUGACGUGACGUGAGCGAACCUAACCUAAAAAGGAGGAAAAAGAAGGCACAGGAAGAAAGAUCCUGACCGUCGAGCGCGUGUGCCUAUGCCAACGGCGGGGAGAUCACUCUCUGGUGAUAUGGCCACGCUCCCAGUCGCGAUAUCCUCGAGACGCGCCACUCCAGUAAUGCUGCAGACCAACUCAACGUCCGCCCGAUGCGCGACGACGACGACGAUAACGACGACGACGCAGUUGUUCAGACAUGUGUAGGGUACGCUUGGUGUAGACUACUAUGCGAGGUAGAACAGAUCUGGAUAGAAGCAGCAAUCAAUGAAGGUCCCAAUUUCCGAAAACUCAAACAUGGACAAUAAAUUGAAGUUUUCGGACCGCUUGAAGGCUUUGCUGAAAACCGAGGCACAUCAAGAUGUUGAUCCAUACAUUUUCAGUGAACCAGAACCAUUUGCUACAGCAGGGGGAAGACAUGCCACGGUGGUUCCACCGACAAAUUCCGAAGUGAUGCAAAGUUGCAAGAACAACAAGUCAAAGGGAAAAUGCGUGAAACAGAGGAUAAGGGUAGCGCCUGUUCCAGUCGCAGGCUACAAGUUUGUCGGGGUCAAUGCCACGGCGGAGGCAAACGUCAAUGAUGUCAUUGGGGUGAAUUUGGAUCACAAAUUUUCUAAUUUAGUUCAGUGUAAACAACGACACAUUGAGAAUUUGCAGAGAUUGCGACCUAGGAGGCCAAGUCGGGACCACACGCUGUUGUAUUAUCCGAGGGCCGGGGACGAGAUAUCUGACAGCGAUUCAAGUGGAGACGAGUUGAUGAUACAUCAGCGUCACUGGUUUUUCGGCGAAUCUACUGCAUCACCAAAUCGAGCGGCUCGGCUUACCCAAUUGCGUUCGCAGCUACAACGACAGUUGCUUCAGUUGCGUAUCGAUGGUGCUGACGCUGAAGCUGUUCUGCGGCACAGGGUCAGAUGUUUGCUGGAUGCCGCUUCCAAAGAUCCUACUUCUACCGCGCGAGCUUUGUGUGACUCUCCAAGUACCAGCAAGGUACUCGACGGACCGUUAUUAGUUGGCGGGCCAUGUGGGGCGGAGGGAUGCCAACAAAUAUCUUUGCCUUGUACCCGACAUUGUUCCCGCCACAUUAUGUUAAACGGAGAUCAGCUUUUAUUUGAGCAUUGCACUGCCAAGUUUAGUGACAACACACAGUGUUGUGUUCCUGUGUUUGAUGUCGCGCACGAAUUACCUCUUUGCCCAGAACAUGCGAGGAAGAGAGACAAUUAUCACCGUAAAAUCCAAGAAUCUAAACCAAAGAAAGCUCGUAAAAAGCCUCCAGUCUCCCCUCCUAUCCCGGCGAAGCCUAAACCCAAGUCUAAGCCGAAGAAACGUAAACGACCACCCUCUAAUAAAAUAGAGACUACCAAGAGUGUGGCACUGAUGCCCGAGGAGAGUCAUUUCAUGAGCCAAAUAAACUGUAGUGAAAACCAUACCAAGAUGUUGAAUAAUUUGAAUGUUCCGCAAGGAAGUUCAAAUACGUCUAACUUAAAUCUAGGAUUGGGAUUAGGCUCUCUUGGUCUGAGCGGAGGACUCAAAGUCGAGCUUGGGGAUAAUGAAGUAUUCGCUUCCUUGGAUUCUGCUGAGCAUGACUUUGGCAACGUGCUCAAUAACUUGCCCCCGGAUGCUUUUAACGACUUAUUUAUCGAGGGUAGAAACGGAGAUUAUGAGCCGUCGAGAGAAGAAGAGGAGGAAUUGCAACGGGCUUUGGAAGAAGUUGAUAAAGAUGUACGAAACUUGGAGAGAAUGGGGCAGACGCAUGGACUUUUAGAGCCGGCCUUGCUUGCCCAGCUUAUGUCGGACAUUGCCUCGUAGCCCCACCAAUCCUAAUGUAAUAAUUUUUCGGAAAGGAAUUCGUGCGUGUUCCUUGUAAUGUAGAAAGAAAUACUGUUUGUGUCUGUGCUGCUAAACGUAAGAUUGCGUUAUAGACUGUUAUCACAUAGCCACGCAAGUCCGAGAUAAUGGCAGGGAUUGACAUACAGAAAGUAACAAAAAAUAAAAAAAAAA